GUCGUGGGAGGGUCUUUGUUUUCGCUCCGUUCCGUCGACGAGUCAUGCAUCGCGUUACCGCGAAAUCGUGACUCGUCCAUUCGGGGCAUCGGUUCCCAUUGUUUCGCGGUCGCGAGAUACCUGGCCCGUUCGUACCGUGAAAAUCGCCAGCGAUGCGAGAUUACGGUCGGUGACGUGCGCGAAACCCAAAGGAAAGGAAACGUUUCCCACGAGAAAGGAAAGAGGAGUGAUACACGAGGCGGUUAUCGAAACGCCGAAUACCAGUUAAGUGAGUGGUGCGUCUUUGCCGUCAUUGCGUGGGUGGAAGAUCCUUGGAGAAUGACGCGGUGAUACGAUGCCGAGAGAAUCACGGAGGACACGCGCGUCCCGAUGCUCGUCGUCCAAGUGCUGCGUCGCUCCUGCCGUACACGCUACGAGGAUAAUCGCUCCUGACGUAGCACCACCGGUGCCGACGAUUCAUCGGGACUGACGUUUCCUGCGCUUUGGAACCACUACUUCGCGGUAAGUAGUGGUCUCCGAUCGUUUGAAAAGCGAGCGGCUAGCAGCCGCCGCAACGGACGGGAGACAUGCGCAGCAAGCAGCAGCCAAGGCCUUCCUUUCGGUGGCCGCAGCAACGCGGCGAUAAUCUUACCGGGGAGGACGGAGUCGAAGGCUCAGGGCCUGGCACGGACCUCCAAGGGGAGGAAGGCGAUUGCGUGGAGGAUGACGGCCCAAUUAGCCCUAGCGAGCGGGGUUGUGCGGCUGCAACCAAAGAAGAAGAGGAUGGCGACGCAACCGAUGAAGAGGACGACGAGGAUGCAACGCCGCCUACGCCACCGCCUUCCGCUACCGCGAGAUUGAAUCCCACGAUUUUGAGGGACACGGGACCUCCGGACAGAGAACCAAUGAGUCCGCGCUGUCCCUCGAGAGAUUCUCGGGAAUCGUCCGGACCGGCGACUGGUAGUCCACCGCCGCCCGCAACGAGGAGCAGCGCGAGUCCUGUGAGCCCGAGCGGCAUCGUGCCCCUUCCGCUCGGCGGUCAUCCUCUUUUACCGCCUCAUUCCGCGGCGAUGAUGGCGGCGUAUCUGCAACAGACCCACCAGAGGUUGCUGCUCGGUCACUCGCCUCUGUCCCGGGGCUCGGUGUCGCCGUUGGUCUCCUCUUCGUGUUCGCCGCCAGCCGCUACGCCUGGCCUGCUGGUUUCCCCGAGCAGCGUGGGCGAGGUAUCUCCGUCAGCGACACCUUUGCCCGCGGUCCUCGACUUCAGCACGAGGAAGGCUUCGUCGAUCGAGGACGACGAAGACGAGCAAAUACUCAACCUGAGCAAACCACCGACCCCGUCGUCUUCGACGGAAACGAACAACGGGCCGCUGGACCUGUCGGUGCCGAGCAGAAAGCGACCGGGCCCGGAAGAUUCCCCGCCGCCUCCUGUGCGGAAAUCCUCCAGGUUAGCAGGGACCGCGGCGACUGCGACGGUCCACCAGGAUCCCGCGCAGGCUGUGACGGCCGUCGGUUUCGGCAGACCGCCUGUCGUGUCGCCGUGGACGUCGCCCGUGGUAGCCUCGCACUUUCCCUACUUCGCCGCCGCGGUCGCGGCAGCGGCCACUAGUCAGCAGCAGCUCUCGCCGAAGAGCACCGCCGGCGUGAUGGAUCACCAUCAGCUCUGGAACGGCAAGAUGAAGCCGCCGUCCGCGCUGGAGAAAUCGUACCAACCGAGCGAGGCGACCAAGGCGUUGGAGAAGAUGAGCGAAUUGAGCAAACUAGGCGGAGAGGAUCUGUUCAGGUCGUCGUCGGGCGCGACGGCCGGUGGACCGGGCGGAGUCGUGGCCGCCGCUAGCAACGCGACCGGUUCGACGUCGACCGGCAGCCGACACAACGCCUGGCAGUCGCACUGGCAAAACAAGGGAGCCGAUCAGGCGAAAGACGUGCUCAAGUGCGUAUGGUGCAAGCAGAGUUUUCCGACGCUGGCGGCGUUGACGACGCACAUGAGGGAGGCGAAACACUGCGGCGUCAACAUGCCAGUACCGCCUGCUGGUUCCGCGCUUCAUCCCCAGCAGACGAACGUUCCGACCAUUCCGACGGCCCAGCAGUCCCAUCAACCUCAGACGACGUCGUCGGGCAACAGCGGGUCCAGCGGUGGCGGCGGCGGCAGCGGUGGUUCCGCGACUCCUAGCAGCAAGCAAAGUCCAUCCGAACUGAAUUUGCUGAUCAAGGAGACGAUGCCCCUGCCGCGGAAGCUGGUACGCGGGCAGGACGUGUGGCUGGGCAAAGGGGCCGAACAAACCAGGCAGAUUCUCAAGUGCAUGUGGUGCGGACAGAGCUUUCGUUCCUUGGCCGAGAUGACAUCGCACAUGCAGCAAACGCAACAUUACACCAACAUCAUCUCGCAGGAGCAGAUCAUCUCUUGGAAAUCCUCGGACGAGAGCAAGGGUGGCGGCGGUGGAAGCGGCGGUAGCGGUGCAGGGGCUGUGACUGGAGCCGGUGGGGGGAGUGGAACGACGGUCCCUGGUGGGGGUGGCACCACGGGCCCCCACGGCGGGAACACCGCGGGUCCGGGUUCCGGGACGACCAGCAGCCACGUGAGCGCGGUACUGACCUGCAAGGUUUGCGACCAGGCGUUCAGUUCGUUGAAGGAGCUCAGCAACCACAUGGUGAAGAACUCGCAUUAUAAAGAGCACAUAAUGCGUUCGAUCACCGAGAGCGGCGGACGGCGUCGACAAACGCGAGAGAAACGUAAGAAGUCGCUGCCGGUGAGGAAGUUGCUGGAGUUGGAGCGGGCGCAGAACGAGUUCAAAAACGGCGACGCCGCGGCGGGUCUGAGCCACAGCCUUGGGAAACACGCCGGUAGAAUAACCUGCGAGAAAUGCGGCGAAAAGAUCGAGACAACCAUCUUCGUGGAUCAUAUACGUCAGUGUAUCGGCGCGGGGACGGUGAGCGCGAAUCAACGGAACUUUCUGAAGAACGCGCUGAUGUCGAACCAUUUGCCCGCGACGUUACCGCCGUCCGAAAGCGGUCGUAAAAGCGUAAACGAGGACAGUUCGCCAGUGUCGUCUAGGCAUCAUCGGUCGCCGUCUUCGGCCAGUGACGCGACCACUCCGGGCAAGGACACUCCGACACCGACCACCAAUGAAACCACUGGUAGCUCUUCGCCUUCCGUUUUAAACGCCAUCGAGAAACUGAUCGAGAAGAGCUUCGACUCCCGCGUCAGGCACGGCACGCCAGGCUUGCAUCACGCUCAACCCGGCGCACCGAUGGGAACCAGCAUCUUGAAGCGAUUAGGUAUCGACGAGAGCGUCGACUACACGAAACCGUUGGUGGAUCCUCAAACGAUGAACCUCCUGCGAUCGUACCAGCAGCAGCAGCACCACCAACAGCAGCACUACACCGCGAGCACGGCGGUGCGCCGGGAACGCAGCGGAAGCGAGUCCAGUUCCGUAUCGGAACGGGGCAGCGGCGGUAGAACCGAUUCCAUGACACCCGAGAGGCGUCUGGAACUGUCCUCGGUCGGGCAUUCGGAGAGGCAUUCCCAUCACCAUCGCGCCACGCCCGACAAGCAACAGCCACCGCAAGGUUUGACGUCGGGACGUCACCACCCGACCGCGGAAGAAUCCGGCGACGAGGAGUCGAUCGCGUCCGCAACGGCUGCCGCCGCGUCAGCGACGGUGGCAGCGGGAGGGUCGACGUCGGUGGUCGUAAAAAAGGAGCCCAGGGACGAGGAGAGCGAGGAACGAGGCGCCAACGACGAGGAACAACCGCCGCAGUCGCAGUCUCAGUCGAACCGAGACGUGUUCGUGAAGAAAGAGAUCAUGGAGGACUGUAGAGAGGAGGACGAUCAGGGAUCGUUCAACCAUCGGCGGAGUAGUUUGCACGAAGGUUCGGAAGAGGGCCGGGAGGUUAUGUCGCCGCGCGUGAAUCCACCGACUCCUAGGUCGACCGGGCAAAUGGAACAGUUGGCACGCAGUCCGUGUAGAAACAGUACGAGCAGUCCGACGAGCAGCGACCGAUCGGUGACCCCGCGCGGAACGCCGGACACUAAGGGAUCGAGCAGUCUAGGCGCGCUAUCCUCCAUGUUCGACAGUUUAUCGGGCGGCGGUAGCGGCGGGGGCGGCGGCGGUGGAGGUGGAGGCGGCACGGGCAGCGCGGUCGAUUCGCAGGGGCGCAAGACCAGUAGUCAUCCGCUGGCCGCGUUGCAAAAGCUCUGCGACAAGACGGAGACAAGAGGUCCAAGCGGCAGCGCUGCCAGGUCUGGCGGUGGUCCCGGGUCGACGUCGAGCCACGGUACGGCCACCGGGAGCGGGGUUGGCUCGGGUGGUGGACCUGGAUCCGGAACUGCCCCAGGCGCGAUUCUGGCGUUCAGCUGGGCCUGCAACGACGCCGUCGUCACCGCGGAUUCGAUCAUGAAAUGCGCCUUCUGCGACACGCCGUUCAUUUCGAAGGGCGCGUACAGGCACCACCUGUCGAAAAUGCACUUCGUCAAAGACGGCGUGAUCCCGGACCCCUUGACCAUCGGCCGAUCGGCUGCGGCCGCCGCUGCUGCUGCGGCUGCUGCGGCCGCGGUCUCUCAAAACGCCACCGCGGGACCGCCGACCGGUCACAGUUCUUCCUCGCCCCCCACGUCCCAGCGCAACAAGUCGCCGCCGCUUCCGCAGGCGAACGGCAGCCCGUCUCAGUCAGCGGCCUCUCCCCUCGAGGAGAGCCCGCACUCGAAAUUUCUCAAGUAUACGGAGCUGGCCAAACAAUUGUCCAGCAAAUACGUAUAGUCCGAGCCCCGUAAGUAGCGGUGCCACUUGUACAUAAGUGUAUCUAUACUGUAACGACUGUAAAACUAGCGACCACCGGUUCGAGAAAACCUUUCGACCUUCGAACCUCCGCCUCGACUGUCUAUCUGUUCGUUCGCGAAUUUUCGUUAUCCGGGCAAGGCUUCCGCGUCGUGGCCGCGUCGUGGCCGCGUCUCACCCGUCUUCUUCCUAUAUCGACACUCUUCGUCUCUCUCCUAGCCGAUCCUUGUCCUCGCGCCUUCGAAUCUUAGAAUCUCAUUUCGCUUCGUCAUCGCUCGGUUCUCAUCCUCAGGCCGCCGCACACCAUGAUAACGGAACUUGUCGCUGGAUAGUCGAGCAACGCGGGCGUAGAAAGAUAGCCGAUACAUCCGACGAGGAGGUGGAUGUCGAACGUGCGUUAAUUAAAUUGUGAUGCCACCAUAUCUCGCGGCACUGCUGAGUCAAGGGGCUCGGCGCGCGGCCAAGUUUGUGAUUUUAUAAAUAUUUAAGGACAUUUACGACCGGCGAUGAGAGGCGUUAUGAACGAGAGAG